AUGUCUUCUUCCGUUUUCUUCAGGUUCAAAAACCAGAAGGAUGUGCAGAGAGUGACCUUUGAUGGCACUGGAAUUUCCGUCUUUGAGCUCAAGCGAGACAUAAUCAACAUGAGCAGACUCGGCGACGGCACUGACUUCGACUUUAACAUCUACAACCUCGACACUAAUGAAGGUAAGCAAACACCACUAAGUGUACGUCUUCAUUCGCAGACAACUGACUCCGAGCANGAAUACAAUGACGACACAUCUAUCAUCUCCCGUGGAACCACCGUUCUCGCCAGACGUCUUCCUGCCACCAAGCCCGGCGCUGGUAGAGCCGCACGUUACGUCUCCGGCAAGAUGCCCGUCAUGGCAAAGAAUCAACAUCGUAUCGAACCCUCCAAAUCCGCAGCUGCAGCCGGAACACCCAUGGGCAACGGCGCNCCUCAAGACAUGAACCCCAACAUGACCGAAGAAGAGAAGAUCGCAGCCAUGUUCCAGGCAGGAGGUGCUCAGUGGGAGCAGCAACAACAAGAGAUGGCCAACCAAAAGGCCGUUCACCGCACUGGCGGCUUCCAGAAGACAGCAAACGUUCCCGAUAAGCCCCUGCCCCCAGGUUACACCUGCCACCGCUGUGGUGAAAAGGGUCACUGGAUCCAAGCAUGUCCCACCAACAAUGACCCCAACUUUGACGGCCGCCCCAAGUUCAGACGUACUACUGGUAUUCCACGAUCCUUCCUCAAGGUUGUCGAGAAGCCUACCGCACUAUCGAGCGACGGAACCAUCGACGUUUCUCAGUUGCCAGCGGGUGUCAUGUACACUGCUACUGGAGAAUGGGUUGUUGCAAGACCAGACGAGGCUGCAUGGGAAAAGUUCCAGGCUAAGGCCAAGGCAGCGGCCGACAAGGCCGAAGCUGCCAAUACAGACAGCCAAGAAUUGAGCGAGAGAGGCUUGGAAUGUCCAAUUGACAAACGCAUGUUCGUCGAUCCAAUGAAAACUCCUUGCUGUGGGAAGACGUAUUGCCGUGACUGUAUCGAGAAUGCCCUUCUUGAAAAUGACUUUGUCUGUCCUGGUUGCUCCUCAGACAACACACUAGUUGACAACCUCAUCUCUGACGAAGAGGCCGUAGACAAGAUCAAGGCCUACCAAGAGGACAAGGCGAAAAUGAAGCUGGAGAAGGAAAAGGAAAAGUCUGCUACCCCGCCACCAACUGAGCAACAAACCAGCAUCAAUAACUCUGCUGCAACUGACAGAAAGUCAAACUCUCCAAAGCCCGCAUCAGUAGAUGGAGACAAGUCGGCCACCUCGACACCACAAACAACUUCUGCAACCGAUUCUAAGAAGCGUCCCGCCGAAGACGAGUUGGAGAACACUAGAAUUCCUACCGGCCCUGCAGCUAUGCGCAAGCAGAACAACGCAUCUCAACCACCAAUGCAGGGAGGCGCCUUCGACCAGAACAACUUCAUCCAAUCCAUGAACGCUCUCGCCAACCAACAAGGAGGUAUGCCUGGAAUGGGCGGCUUCAACCCAGCCAUGGGCAUGGGCUUNCCUGGAGGUAUGAUGGGAAUGCCGAUGAACAUGAUGGGCAUGCCUAACCAGAUGAUGGUGAACGGAGGAUGGGGCGGUAUGGGCUUCAUGAACGGCAUGAAUGGCAUGAACGGUAUGAACGGCAUGGGCUUCCCACAACAACAACAGCAGCAACGUGGAGGAAAUAUGUAUGGUGGCGGUUACAACAACCAGAUGAUGGGCCAGAACGGAGGCUACGGUCAAGGCCAGGGUCAAGGCCAGCAAUGGCAAGGCAAUCAGAACUGGAACAACGCAAACAACAACCAGCAACCAGGAGCAGAAGGUGACGAUGGUGCAUACAUCCGCCGCCCUGUCAACCCACACCGUCACCAAGCACGUAACCGCAGACAGCGAUCAGUCGACUAUCGCGAGAUGUGA